AUGACAGUGGAAGCCAGGCUUAUGUCCAACGAGUUUAUAAGAAUUGGAACGUACAUCGGAUGGAAGAGCAACGGAAAACCCAACAUUAUAGACCUGGUCAAAGCAGGGUUUUACUACACUGGACAUUCAGACAUUGUCCGCUGCUUCUCGUGCGGGGUCGAAAUCGAAGACUGGCAGCAGAACUCUGACCCGUUUGUAAUGCAUUCUUCCAACAGCCCUGGGUGUGCAGCUGUGUCUGAUUCUGGUAGUAACAACAGACAGGAUUAUGUUCCUUCACUCUGCGAGCCAAACCAAAGUUCAUCUAGUAAUGCCCCAUUAUCCAGAAAUGAAACUGUUGGCCAAAUGUCUGUCAAUAGUCUGUGCUUCAGAGGACCUUGGAGUAGAAGCUCAACUGUCAAUCGAACAUAUUCCUCAAACCAGUAUGAAAACGAUUCUCAAACUGCAAGCCAAACAUCUACUUCCUAUACCCUAGAGCCAAGAGAAGACAAUACAAACUGUAGCCCAAACCAAACGGAAACAAGUUCUAGGACUCAUAUCCAAAGAAGUAGAUCUGACGGUGCCGAGCGAUCUCUCAAAAAGGACAUACACACUAUUCCUCAUAGAAAGACUUCAACCUCAGACGUCCAUCCUACAGAACUGCGAGCGUCAGAAGAAGCUCGCUUUCAAACGUACUUUCGGUGGACGAGCAUCAGUGUAGCUCGAGCCAGGGAAUUUGCCCGUGCUGGCUUUAUUUACGUGGGCCCUGCAGACAGGGUACAGUGCGUAUUCUGCAAUGGAAUGUUGCACCUGUGGAAAAGUGAAGAUUCACCGGUGGGUGAGCACCGCAAGCACUUUCCUCAGUGUAGAUAUGUAGUGGAAUACUUAUCUGCUGAAAAACUUGCAGUACCAAAACAUGCCAAGUACAGAACAGAAGCUAGUCGCUUGGAGUCUUUCCAGGACUGGGAUCCACACAAAAACCCCAAACCUACAUCGUUAGCAAAAGCUGGAUUUUUCUACACAGCGGGGGUUUGUGCGAAUGGGACGCCAACGAUGACCCCAUGGGUCGAGCAUGCGCGAUGGUUCCCAAACUGCUCCUAUGUCACACAGACAAAGGGCCCAGCUUUCAUCAGCGCAGUACUGGGCAGCACUAAAUUCGCAGUAAUUUUUUUUUUUUUUGGCGAUUUUUUUUCAUACGUAAUUUUUUUUCUAAUCUGCUACAAAACUUUAUUUACAGAAAAUACAGACAUUAGGAGGAUCAUGGAAGACAAAAUGACUGCCCAAAUGGACAAUCCAGUUAUUAAAGCAGUUUUACGACUGGACAUUCCCAAGAAAUUUGUCAAGAAGGCAAUCAGACAGAGGUUAACAGACAAAGGGCAGGACUUCACAAAUGAGACAGCUCUCCUGGAAGCUGUGUUUGGGCUCAGCAAAAAAUCUGGCCAAGAUUUGGGAACCACAAAGAAACUCAGGGUGCCGACAUAUGGUGCCAGUGCUUCAUCGACCAGCAAAAAUUUCUUACUGCUGGCUGAAGAGAAUCAGAAACUGAAGGAGCAGAAGAUGUGUAAAAUCUGCUUAGAUGAAGAUGCCUGUGUGGCAUUUAUACCAUGUGGUCAUUUAGUCUGCUCAUCUUGUGCACCUGCCUUAGCUCUCUGCCCCAUCUGUCGUGCCAAGAUCACAAGUACGAUUCGAACUUACAUGUCUUAG